AUGAUUGAAAGAGUGGUGGAGACUGUGAUUGAGAGGCUUAGAAUUAGUGAUGAGGUAAGGUCAUCUGACAUUGAUGCGCCAUAUACCAGUAUACAUGGUGCAUUUAUCAGUCUUGAAAGUAAGGGAGUGUGUAAUGUUCAGAUGAAUGAGAGUUUUGAGGAGGUGCUAACUAAUGAGGGCGAGGAAGUUGAGAAGAAUGGAAGUGAGGAGUAUUUGCUGUUUAAGUCGAUUGGACAGGAUGGAAUAAGUCUUGAGGAUCUCGAAAGGUACAAACUGGGGAAGAUGAAUGCAUUUAAAAACAAAUGGAUUAGGAAGGAGGGAGACAGAGUGUUCAGGAAUGUUGGUGAUAUUGAAGAUGGAAUAAGAAGGAUGAUUAUUAGUUUGAAGAGUGGAAAUGCUUCUGAAGAAGAUCUGGAAACCUUGAGAAGGAGAAAACUUAUUUACAAAAGAAAGAGCGUUGUGUUAAUAGCAAUCAAAGGGCCGAUGUUUGAAGCAAGUAGCUAUGUAACGGAACUAACCGCUGCGAUGGUGCAGAGUGGUUCUUACAAAGACGCAAUCUUCAAAAACUACAACUUUGAUACUCGAGGAAAUAUCCCGCAGUCUGGAUCGCUGCAUCCUCUGAUGAAGAUGAGGGAUGAAUUCAAGAGAAUAUUCGUAGGAAUGGGAUUUAGCGAGAUGUGUACCAGUCAAUAUGUUGAGUCAUCAUUCUGGAACUUUGAUGCAUUAUUCCAACCUCAGGAUCAUCCAUCAAGAGAUGCGCAUGAUACUUUUUUUGUUAAAAAUCCUGAGAUAAGCACGGAAUUCCCUGCAGAAUACCUGAAGGAAGUAUCUGAAACACACUGUGGAGGAAAGUAUGAUUCACUGGGACAUAGAAAUGCAUGGAGCAUUUCAGAGGCACAAAAGAAUAUCCUAAGAACACAUACAACAUCUGUGAGUGCUAGAAAGUUGUAUGAGUUAGGAAAGAGCGGAUUUGUGCCCACAAAGCUGUUUUCUAUUGACAAGGUGUUUCGAAAUGAAAGUGUAGAUGCAACGCACCUUGCAGAAUUUCAUCAGGUUGAAGGAUUAAUUGUUGACAAGGGACUGACCAUAGGACAUCUUAUGGGUGUUUUACAGGAGUUUUUUGGUAGACUUGGUAUGGAAGACAUCAAGUUCAAGCCUGCAUUUAAUCCAUAUACUGAGCCAUCUAUGGAGGUGUUUGGGUAUCAUAAGGAGCUUGGUAGGUGGAUAGAGAUAGGAAAUUCAGGGGUUUUCAGACCUGAGAUGUUACGCCCGAUGGGAUUUGAUGCAGAUGUGAGUGUGAUUGCAUGGGGACUCUCUCUUGAAAGACCGGCAAUGAUUAAGUAUGGAUUGAAGAAUAUCCGCGAUCUUGUUGGACAUAAGGUUGAUAUCGAGUUUUCUAGAAGAAGCGAAAUAUGUUUUUUUGAUUAA